UUGAACAGCCUGGUAACGCAGAACAAUGCUGCGCAAGGGUAUUACAGAGAGCUUCGGAGCUGCGAUCCAUGCCCUCAGCAGCGCUCAGCUGACAGAUGGUGUGAUUAACAGGAGCAAAAGGAUGAUGCUGGACACCCUGGGAGUCGGGCUGUUGGGAACCAGGACAGCUGUCUUCAACAAGGCUCUAAAGUACAGCAAGUCGUUCUCGUCUGACGAGAGGAGCAGCGUUUGGGGCCAAUCGCAUAUAACUCUCCCUUCUCAUUACGCUGCAUUCGUCAACGGCAUUGCCGUCCACUCCAUGGACUUUGACGACACCUGGCACCCCGCCACUCACCCUUCUGGAGCCGUGCUCCCUGCUCUGCUGGCCCUGGCAGAGACGCUGCCCAGCCGGCCCUCCGGUCUAGACCUGCUGCUGGCCUUUAACAUCGGCAUCGAGGUGCAGGGCAGACUGAUGAGGUUCUCCAGGGAGGCCUACAACAUCCCUGAAAGGUUCCACCCUCCCAGUGUCGUUGGGGUGAUGGGCAGCGCUGCAGCCUCAGCUAAGCUCCUUGGUCUGUCCCCUGCACAGUGCAGUCACGCUCUGGCCAUCGCAGCCUCCUCUGCCGGGGCUCCUCUAGCCAACGCGGCCACACAAACCAAACCUCUGCACAUAGGAAACGCUGCUCGAAGGGGCCUGGAGGCCGCUCAGCUGGCUCAGAUGGGACUAGAGGGAAACCCUGCCAUUUUGGACAUAGACUUUGGGUUCGGGGUUUACUAUAAAGACUACACUCCCUCAGCAAUUGAAGGUUCUGCCUCCGGGGCCUUUAAAUGGAUCCUGGAAGGCCAGGACGUGGCGUUCAAGCGCUUCCCCGCUCAUCUGGGGAUGCACUGGGUCGUGGAUGCAGCUCUGGCAGCUCGCGCAAAGAUUCAGAACACGCAGACGUUCUUUGACGCCAGGCAGAUCCGGCGCGUCACGCUCCGGGUGCCUCCAUCCAAGUACAUCAACUGCCCCUUGCCAGCCACAGAGCACCAAGCCAGGCACUCGUUUCAGUUCAACGCCGGCUCCGCCUUACUGGACAACAAAGUGACGGUGACCUCCUUUGACGAGGCUCAGAUCAGCCGGCCCGCUCUGAGGGAGCUCCUGUCCAAGGUGAAGCUGGAGACGCCUCAAGACAACAAACCCAGCUUUGACAAGAUGUACUGCGAGGUUGAGAUAGAAACCGACCAGGGGCUGAGUUACACGGCAAGAUGCGAUACCUUCUACGGCCACUGGAGGAAGCCGCUGAGUCACAAGAGCCUGGUGGAGAAGUUCUGCAUUAAUGCUUCGUCUGUGCUGAGCAUGGAGGGGGUGGAGGGGGUGAUAGACAUGAUAGGAAACAUGGAGAAGCUGAGGGAGUGCUCGGUCUUAGGUUCAUACCUGAGAAUGACAAGUGAACCACACGAGCAGUUACACAGCACAGCGAGUUUGUGAUCGGAUGACGAAAACGGUGGAUUUGUGUGAAUCUUUGUAAUAUUUUUAAACUGUGAGAUAAUCAUUAUGUAAAUGUUUUGUAAAAUUUCUUCUGUGGUGCAUGAAA